AAACCAAUCUCGAUAUCUUCUUUCUUCCAAACUCGUAAGAAAGAUCAACGUCUGGCAACAGCGUCGUAGAGGGCACUAAACUUGAUGAUUGCCGGUUUCUUGAUCGCCUUUACCUCCGUAAAGCUAACGAAGAACCAAGAAAUUUCAGCUUAACCUCUACCUGGUUCAUGUGCCGACAGACAGCAUCCAUUUCUCUAGUUCCUUUUGCGAAAUCCGUUCGCAUACAACUAAUAUCGUUCUCGUUUUAAUUGGAUAAAUCAGUGCAAAUUGGAGAGAGUCUCUCUCUUCUCUGUGAAUUGUUCAGCAACAUGUAAAAUUAGCGAAAACAAGUGUUCUGAUUGGUGUGCAGUGCCGUAUAAGGUGCAGGAUAUCGAGUUAUUCGAAGCUUGGAAUUGGCAGCGGCGUCGCAAGAAGGCAUUUUACCCCAGAUUUAAAGGAUGGGGUCUAGAAUAGGAGGUCUAGGUCCAGCCGGACUACCCGCCGACAAAGCCCUGGCGGGGGUCCCCCGACUUCUCGACGAUCUUCAGAGACUAUCAGAAGAUACCGAUUCGACAGACAUCGUCUUCAUACUUGGAAGGGACGAGGAGAGAGUUUUCGCGCACAGAGUUAUUUUGAUGGCUAGAUGCAAAAGUUUCCAGACAGCGAAAAGAGGAGAAAUCUGCAGAAUUCCAGGAUGCUCUGUUUCUCCAGCAGCGCCUGGAACUCCAUCUCCCGUCAGGCUUCCUCAGACAGCCCCAGAAACAUUCAAACAAUUUUUGUUGUAUGUUUACACAGGAAAGAUUCUACUUCAGGACAACAGCGUGUUCGAGAUGAUGGCUCUCGCUCAGGAACUUGGAGUUGACGAACUCCGCAAUGCGUGCGAAGACCACGUCACCUCCACAUUAUCAGUCCCGUCGGCGUGUACGUUUUUAUCUGCUGCAAUGGAUAUACAAGACAAAUCUCCAGGAGGUAAAGCAGCUUCAGGAUUUGUCGAAAGAUGCAUCAGUUAUAUCGGCGAAAAUGCAGUAGAAUGUGUUCGAACCAACUCAUUCCUGAGCCUUCCUAAAGAAGCAGUCAUUAAAAUCAUCUCAUCAGAUUACUUAUGCCUGGAAGAAGAAGACGUAUGGAGGGCAGUUUUGAAUUGGUCCAAAUACCAAGCGGGAGUAACACAACCCACUCCGCACUGGACAGAAGAAGAGAGAGCUCGUGUCUGUCAGCAUUUGUCGCUUGUGAUCAAUCACGUUCGAUUACUAUUAAUAGACAGCCGAGUGUUCGCGGAAGAAGUAGAACCAACAGGAGCAGUCCCGAUGGAACUGAGUCUAGAACGCUACCGUCACGCAGCCCUACCAAGCAAAUACUCGGACACCGCUGAAGAUCAGCGACUGAAACCUAGAAUCUCCCCGCAUAUGUUCCCCGGAUCGCUGAUCCUCGGCCAGGACAAGAGCCACUACCAGAGGAUACUGAACGCCUGGUACGGACACUCCAAGCAAACGUGGAGGCUCGUCUACAGGGCGAGUAGCCACGGGUAUUCAGCAGCGUCCUUUCACAGGCACUGCGAUGGAGUGUCGCCCACUUACGUCAUAGUUCUGGGAGCUAGAGGGGAGAUAUGUGGAGGCUUCAGUGACGCAGCUUGGGGUCGCCCGACAGGAAAAAGCCACUAUGUCCUCUCCGAGAGAGCGUUUCUGUUCACUCUGUACAAUCAUCAGGACUUACCACCCACUCAGUUCCAUGUGGUGAAGAAACCGUUCGCAAUUUGUUAUCACCCAGAUUCAGGCCCCAUAUUCGGAGCAGGAGCAGAUCUUCUAAUUUCCAGCAACUGCAACAGCAAUAUGGACAGCUAUUCCAAUUUGCCUCACACAUAUGACGGUGAAGGAGCUUCUCCUUCUGUGUUGAUGGGAGACUACAACUUCUCUGUAGCUGAUUAUGAAGUCUUCGCUCCCUUGAAUUCCACAGCAAAUAAAUCAAACAAAACUGAACGAUAUCAAUAGAGUUGCUUUCUGUAUGGUAUUUAUUGUUUAAUUUUAAAUUACUGAUAUAGAUAUAGUAAUUUCAAUAAAAAAUUGGUAAGCAAUGUU